UCCAUUCAGUUUGACUCGGGACAUAUGGAUAUUGUUGAAAGUUUCACACAGGCAUCUGCGUGUGUGCUCAGGGGUCCUAAUUAUCUUGGGUAAAUGUCUGUUUUCUUUUUUACAGGAGGGAAACUUCGAUAGAUUUUUUGCUUGGAGUUUGCCUUGAAUUCCCAAUUAAACGGUGCUUGGUGUAGAGUUCAGUACUCGUCUUCACUGAAUAGAUUUUCAAUCAUUUUGUGGGCCACAAGUCAUGUCUGGUAUAGCAUUAAGUCGUCUCGCACAAGAACGGAAGGCUUGGCGGAAAGACCAUCCUUUUGGAUUUGUAGCUGUACCAACAAAAAAUCCUGAUGGAACUAUGAACCUGAUGAAUUGGGAGUGUGCCAUCCCUGGAAAAAAAGGGACACCGUGGGAGGGAGGCUUGUUCAAACUUCGGAUGCUGUUCAAGGACGACUACCCUUCCUCUCCACCAAAGUGUAAAUUUGAGCCCCCUUUAUUCCAUCCGAAUGUAUAUCCGUCCGGUACCGUAUGCUUGUCUAUAUUAGAGGAAGAUAAAGACUGGAGGCCUGCCAUUACAAUCAAGCAGAUCUUGCUAGGAAUCCAAGAACUCCUUAAUGAACCAAAUAUUCAGGACCCCGCACAGGCCGAAGCAUACACAAUUUACUGCCAAAACAGAGUGGAGUAUGAAAAAAGGGUCCGAGCACAAGCCAAAAAGUUCUCGCCGUAAACCGCAAGAUUUCGCACUGUAUUGGAAAUGGGUUUUGACCAGGUCUCCUUGCCCCUGUUACUCCCCCCUUACAAAUCCUAUCCACUUCAUACUAAUUUACUGCUGGGCUUAAAGAAAUGAAUGUGUCGUGCCAUUGUCAAUCCACUGAUGCUCGUCCUAACAAACUCUUCCUGGGGGUUUUAAAUUUGGCCUUUUGUAUAGUACCUUUUUCCUUUUGCAUUUGGGCAGCAGAGAUGCUCACACAAAGUUGAGUGAGUUGUGGAUUUUUUUUUUUUUUUGGGUGGGUGGGGUUACUUGGUAACAGUGCUACAUAUUUG